AUGGGUCCGAUGGUGUUGACUCAGUUGGCCACGGGUCUGAGCGUCUUAGCCGGGGCAGCUCUUGUCAAACAAGUUAUGGAUCACAAUAGUAUGAUGGGCCCGGGCCCGGGCCGGGCUCCGAGAUGCCCCAGCUGUAACGGGACUGGGCGCGUCACCUGCGCGUGCACCCGUUGGUCGGACGGGGAUUACGGCUGCCGGACCUGUGCCUGGUCGGGCCGCACGGCCUGCAGCAGCUGUGGUGGAUCCGGAACGGGCCGCCCGAUUCCUGUUCAGAUUACACUUCCCCCUUCCAACCGGCCUUCAUAA